CGGGCCCGGCCAGCCAUGGACGAGGACGCAGAGGGGGCGGGUUUCUGCAUCUCGGCGCUCUAUAUAAGCGGCCAGUGGAAGCGGGGGCGCGCUGCUCCUGACCUUCAGCGUGCCUGCUCCUCGGCCAUGGCGCCCUCCAGGAAGUUCUUCGUAGGGGGGAACUGGAAGAUGAACGGGAGGAAGAACAACCUGGGGGAACUCAUCAACACUCUGAACGCGGCCAAGGUGCCGGCCGACACCGAGGUGGUUUGCGCACCCCCCACUGCCUACAUUGACUUCGCCAGGCAGAAGCUAGAUCCCAAGAUUGCAGUGGCUGCGCAGAACUGUUACAAAGUGGCCAAUGGGGCUUUUACGGGGGAGAUUAGCCCUGGCAUGAUCAAAGAUCUUGGAGCCACGUGGGUAGUCCUGGGGCACUCUGAGAGAAGGCACGUCUUUGGGGAGUCAGAUGAGCUGAUUGGGCAGAAAGUGGCCCAUGCCCUGGCAGAGGGACUUGGAGUGAUCGCCUGCAUUGGGGAGAAGUUAGAUGAGAGGGAAGCUGGCAUCACUGAGAAGGUCGUUUUCGAGCAAACCAAGGUCAUCGCAGAUAAUGUGAAGGAUUGGAGCAAGGUUGUCUUGGCCUACGAGCCUGUGUGGGCCAUUGGUACUGGCAAGACGGCGACACCCCAACAGGCCCAGGAAGUACACGAAAAGCUCCGGGGAUGGCUUAAGUCCAACGUCUCUGAUGCAGUGGCUCAGAGCGCCCGCAUCAUUUAUGGGGGUUCUGUGACUGGGGCAACCUGCAAGGAGCUGGCAAGCCAGCCUGAUGUGGACGGCUUCCUUGUGGGUGGUGCUUCCCUCAAGCCUGAGUUCGUCGACAUCAUCAAUGCCAAACAAUAAGCCCUGUCCAUCUCCGCUACCCUUCCUGCCGAGCCAGGGACUAGGUAGCUCAGAAGCCCAGUAACUGUACUGCCCCCGACCUCCACACAUGCUUCUUGUGAUGUCGCCUGACCCCUCUCAUGGCCGAAUCCAAAGUAUCUCUUCCUUUAUCGUUUACACCCUACCUUGUCAUGGUUGGGACCAGAACAAUCCCGCCUCCACUUACUGUACCCGUUGGAACUAAACCUGUCGCCAAGGUGGCUUCUUCUUGGCUGAGAGGUGGGAGGGUGGUUUGCUCGUGGGUCCCCUCAGUCCCCAGUGAAGACAGGAGAGAGAACCGGUCCUGUCCCGUCUCCCGCCAUGAGGCCAAGGGCUGAGAGAAAGCCCUGUCCUCUGCUGAGGCCAGGGCGCUGCUCCCUCCCACGGUGCCAACGCCUGUGUGUGUUGUGUCUGAGCAGUCCCGCGUGUGGGGGAAUAAACACCUGGCACUGA